AUGGACGCCCUUAAGAACUUUGCCGGCGGCCUUGGUGGUGGCCAGAAUCAGAACCAGAACGAGAGCAGCAGUGACAGCAACCAGGGCGGUGGUGGCUUCCUCAGCAACAUUGGCAACAAGAUCAAUUCCGCGGCCGGCGGCGGCCCAGAGAGUGAGAAGAACGAGGACUAUCUCGACAAGGGCGUCGACUUCGUCCAGGAGAAGGUCCUUCACCAGGGCCCUCAGGAUAACGAGAGCGCCAUUGAGCAGGCCAAGGAUGAGCAGAUCUCUGACUUCAUCCGUGCACAGUACAAGAGUACCGCUGGAAAGGACUUCCCUGUCCCCGAUAAGAACUAG